AACCUUAAAAUCAGGAUAGCCUUUAGCCCUUUAGAAACUACAAACCGUACCGGCGUUUGUCAAAACGCGGACCGCGGUGUUUGCCAAACCGCGACCAUGACGCAAUUCUCCCCGGAGAAAGAUCCACUAAUUUUGGCGACUGCGGACUGUGCUUUACUUUUUAUUUUGUAAUCCAUUGAUUAGCAACUCUCGUCUGCAACAGAAAGGAUCGCGAGACACCAUGACAACAGACCAACCGAAAAACGAGAAUGAAGCCGACACGGAGGACAAGGGCUCGAGCGAAGCAAAACUUGCAGGCUUGGACGACGUGCUCAAGUUGGUGGACACUGGAAAGCUCUCCGCGGAAGAAGUGGAAGUUUUGCGAGGGUUCGUGAAGGAAUACCAAGGACUCAAAAUUAAAGUGGAUCGUAUGAAGGGUCUUUUGGGACGGUCAGCCAAAGCCCAGCGAGAGGCCAAAGUUGAAGCCGAGACGGCAAAGAAACAAUUGGAAAACUCACUCAAAGACGUCGAUCGAUUGCAGAAAAAAGUGCAUCAUUUGUCCACGCGACCAACGCAUCUGGAUCUACUGAACGAUUUUGAAACCAACUUUGACAAAGCAUUGCUAAGUGUGGGGCAAGCAGGAGGACAGGAAACAGCUCCACAGGUAGUGACAGAGACACGAGACUCUGCUCUAGACACCAUGCUCAUGCAGGAGCUCGAGGAAGCAAGGGCCCGCCUGUCAAAAUUGGAAUCUUUGAAUAGCGCCCUCAAUCAUCGAUCAGCCCAAUUGGAGGCCGAGGCAAAGGAACAAAAGAGAUUACGCGAUGAUUCACAACAAAUAGUCUCUCGCCUCGAAUUGGAGCUCAAAAUGUCGAAAAUGGAAACUGCGCAGGCACAGCGUGAAGCUGAAGAAAAUGCUUCCAGUUUGAAAGAAAUGCAAAUGGAAAUUGACAUGGUCACAAAGGCAUCGGUGAAAAACAGUGCUCUGGCGGCACAGGGACAGCAAAUUGUAAACUCGUCGAAAACAGAUCGAAAACAUGUGGUACAGCUGGAAGGACAAGUUCAGGCUCUCAAAGAAUGGGCCCUUGCCUCGGGAGAAUCCAAACGGCUGGCCAUGGAACGAGUCUCACAGUUAGAGAACAAGCUCAAGCUUCAAGGCGCUGAUAUGGAUAGCUCUCUCACAGAUAUUGGUUCGACGACUGCAAAACUGAUUUUCUCAAAGUCGGGAUCGUUGGUAGUGGGUGCUGGUGAUGUUGGAAAGUUUGUCGUCUCUCUUGAAGGUCAAUUCACAGCAGACAAAAGGCUGGUGUUAGGAUGGAAGUUUGAUGCAACACCCAUUGACUGCACCACUGAGUUUAGUGUAAUAAAGGGCAAAGAUGUUACAGACCCAAAGGCUGCAACCUACAUGAUCAACGAGAGACCAGUGGUUGGUGGUGCUGCAGGGGAACUUGAAGGUGCUUUCGAAGACGGACAUUGUACCCUCCAAUGGUCCAACAAAAAGUCUUGGAUUCGACCCAGGACAGUCAAGGUCACAGUGCAGGUGAUGAGCUAUUGAUGAUGAUUGGCCGGUUGACGAUUUCCCAUUGCACCAUACCGUCAGUGCUCCAACAGCCACGUUGUUGCUGCCAUCUUAGCUAUCUUGAUUCGGCCCACAAAUCCUUUGUUGCUUUAGAACUAACUGGAACCAUUUUCCGGUCGCCAUUCGACCACUGAAUAGUUUAAAAGGAAUUAAGCAUACCAGUACCCGUUUGGC